AUGAGAAGAGAAAAGAGGUACCGAAAGGAGAUGAGAGGAGGGGUGUUGAAUUGUUUCCUAUCAAGCACCAGCAAGGAGCGGAGUCCAGAGCAUCUCCAUCCAUCAGGAACUGAUCCCAGUUUCUGUCUGCUGUUGCCCCCCUUCCCCCAUGAGCUGAAGAGCGAACUGCUGGCUCACAACGUGGAGCUUCCGAGCGGCAACCCCACCAAGGACGUGUAUGUGCAGCUUUAUCUGAAGAAUCUGACCGCCCAAAACAAGAAACAUGUCACGGCCACGACUUUGGACGCUUUCUCCAGCGACGAGGAGCAGCCGCCGCCCGUGGUCUCCAACAGAAGUCGUUCCUCGGGCAGAAAAGCCACCAGAAAAACAGACAAGGUUCGGCCAGAUGAGCUGGAUGUGACCAUGCUGACUGACGAGAGCCUGAGGGACAAACUGCUCAAACACGGAGUGGAUGUGGGGCCGAUUGUGGCAUCCACCCGUAAGCUGUAUGAGAAGAAAUUGCAGAAGCUGUUAGAUGACGGUCCUGCACAGCCACCACUACCACAGCUGGUCCUCACUGAGGUACAGGUCAACUACAAUGGCAACUCGGAAUCAGACCUCUACAGUGACAAGGAGGACGAAUUGGCAACAGAAACGGAGCCUGUGGCAGAGCCUGAACCAGUGCCAGUAGUGGAGAGAGUGGUGAGGAACCGAGGGAAGGCACCUGUUACCACACGCACCCACAGCAGCCAGCACCACACGGGAGACCAUUUGAUGGAUGAGGAGGAAGAGGAUGAAGAGCCUGUCCUGAGAGUAAAGCGGAGAUCCAGGAGGAUCUCCCUCAGAGUGGUGAAUACUGGUCCAGCAGGUAGCCCUCUGUCCCACAGUGUGAGCCACAAACUGAACCUUGAUCGUGCAGUAAAGAUGGGCAUCCAAAACACAGCAGAGGUCUCCAGAGGCCCUGGGACUCCCCACUGGAAGCUCCACGAGGGAGAACUGGUGCAACAACUUCCCAAGUCCAGUAAGGAUUCAUCUUAUAAGCCACUCACUGUGCUCAACACUGCUCUGCUAGAGGAGCCUGAGUCAAGAACUGCACCAACGGUAGAACAGCAUGUUGUUACCCCUGUGAGACCAUUGUCUAUGUCAAAGAGCCUGCCCGAAGAACAGAGUCCACGACCAGCUGCCAAGCCUCCAUCCCAUCUGGUUCACCUGACCAGAGUCAACCCAGUCACCUUUAGCCCCAUGUGCAACAUCUCACCCAUUAAGAGCCAGGAGUCCCACUGGACACUGUCUGAGCAGACUGGGGCCAAAUCCAGCAGCAUUACUGGUGCAGGGGAGGAGUGUUCCCCUCCAGAGGUCAGGCUGCAUAAACUGAGGCAGCAGAAAAUCACCAGCUUACUGCCCACAUGCAGCCCUGUGAAGACACAUGGCUACGCAUCCACGUUGUCAAAGGAUGUGUUGGUGAGACAGGUGGAGAAGAUAGCAGCCAGCGACCAAACCCCCAAAGUGGAAGAGAGUGAUGUUCUGAAGGAGCUCUUCCCCAGUGACAGCAACAGUCCAACAGGAAUCACGGCCACCUGUCGGCGACCCAUCCAUGGAGCUGCUGGUCGGCCAGUGAAGUCCAGUGAGCUGUGGAAUGACGAAAACUAUCUCUUCUCUCCAAAAACCACAAAGACCAGCAGCUCCUUGUCCUCCUACACAGAGAGCCGCACUGUCAACAGAGUCUCCAGCCUGCCCCCCUCCACCCCCUCCACCUCCUUCUCCUCCUCAAGGCUUCUGUCUGCAGCACCCCCUACAGGUCAGACCAAAGCAGUGCGCCGCAGCAUCUCUCUGUGGAUUAAGCUGCUCCUGAUGGCCAUCGUGGCAGCUUUCCUGUUCCUGGUUUACCAAGCCAUGGAGCCCAACACCAUCAGCCCAUUUACACUCUCAGACACAGAAGUGGCCAGUGACAGCACAGCAUAGAGAGCACACAAAGUGUUAAUGAGCAAAAAGUAGCCUGUCUGCUUAAUUUUUUUUAAAUGUAAAUUUUCAAUCUAGUCAUUUUGUUCAUGGGUGCUGUGAAAUUAUCUCUGACACCAUUGCCCAGCUUUCCUCAAGUUUGUUCUCCCCCCCUUUUUGUUUUCUAAAUCACUUUUCAGUGAAACAUCACUGUCUUUCAGUGACACCUCUCUCCAUGACACACUGUGAAACGACAGUACCACGUCUUCUGUUGUUGCUCUGGUCCAUCACUGACCUUCGACCUUACAGUCUGAGGUUACAAGAACACUGUCGCUUUUGUAGAAUUAUGCAGAUUCAUUGUCAUGUUACUGUUUAUGUCAGACUUGCAUGACGUGUAUUAAAUGUGUAUGGUUGAGAUUUUCUUUUCACUCAGUUUUUAUCUUAGUCAUUCACAGCAUUAGAAUUGUAUGUACUUUUCUUGGCCAUGUUCAUUAAUGACACAGGGAGGCUUAUUAUAAACUAAGUGCUUCUAAAUCUUCUUCAACCAUACACCAAUAUUUUCUUAUAAAAUUGAAUGUUACAGUGUAUUAUGAUAUAUGUAUUCACUGUCACAAACAUUGAAUAUCCACUCAAUAAACUAUUGUU